AUGUGUACUAGGAGUGUAUUAAGGAAUUUAAUUAUGAUUGAUUACAACUCUCGAUAUCUCUGCUUCAUAUUUAUUACUGAAAAUCCAAAACCUUGA